UCUGUCUAUUGAAUAGCUCUAUAACCAGUCAUCCAAGAAGAUGGGAAAUAGGUGAAAGAAUGAAUAGGAAAUAGUGUAGUUAUAGAAAAAGUUGGAAAAGAAAAAGCGGGAGCGAUGCCGUCAUGUGCUGGGGUAGUUAAGGGAAGGAGCUACUUUUUGUUGAGUGACCGCCUCGACUGACCCGCCAGUAGUAUACACGCCGAUACAGCAUCUAGUACGUACGAUGUCUAACUAACCAACUUAACUUACUGCCUGCUGGUUUACAUAAAUCAACAAAUCUACUUCGGCCACAGUUUCACGUGCAAAUUCAUUCCUCUAGCAUAUCGACCUAUCAGAACCGUCCGUUCUCCCCUCGGUGGGCAAGCUUAUGACGGCACAAAGCACUGCCUAGCGCCGACAAAAGCGCCGACAAAAGCGCCUAAUUGAACGGAGCUCCUCCGCUUCAAACUAUCUGCUCGCCUACCAUCAAGCGAAUAUCGCCGUGAUAUAUUUAUUUAUUUGAACCGGCGCACCGGCAUACAAGACAAUGGACGUCGUCGCAGCCGUGUCCGGGUACCUUACCCGGAUGGUGUCUGUCGGCGACUCGUCUACAGCAGGCUCCUCAUCGUCCAAGAUGAAGAUUCUACUUCUUGAUAGUGAGACAGUACCAAUCGUUUCGACAGCGAUUACUCAAUCGGCUCUCCUGAAUCAUGAAGUCUACCUCGUCGAUCGAUUAGACAACCAGGCACGAGAGAAAAUGCGGCAUCUACGAUGUAUUUGCUUUGUACGCCCGUCGCCGACUUCAAUACAACUCCUUAUUGACGAAUUACGAGCCCCGAAAUACGGAGAAUACCACCUCUUCUUUACAAAUAUCAUUCGCAAAUCAUCAUUAGAAAGACUUGCCGAGGCUGACGAUCAUGAAGUUGUGCGCGUGGUUCAGGAACAGUUUGCAGACUUUAUCGUGAUCAAUCCUGAUCUGUGCUCGCUCAAUCUUGAAUUUCCGCUGCAUAGAAUAUGGAGUAAUAGCCCCGAUGUUUGGAACAGCGAUGCGCUACAAAGGGCGACAGAGGGUGUGAUUGCGAUGUUGCUGGCAUUAAAGAAGAAUCCAUUGAUUCGAUACGAGAAAAACAGUCUGAUGGCUAAGAAGCUGGCAACAGAAGUUCGGUAUCAAUUGACCCAGGAAGAGCAACUUUUUAACUUUCGCAAAACCGACACUCCCCCUAUUCUUCUUAUACUCGACCGGCGAGACGAUCCCAUAACACCACUUCUCACGCAAUGGACUUACCAGGCUAUGGUACAUGAAUUGAUUGGCAUUCACAACGGACGAGUAGAUCUACGGGACGUCCCUGAUGUCCGACCGGAAUUGCAGGAAAUAGUACUGUCCCAGGAUCAAGACCCAUUUUAUAAGAAAAACAUGUACCAGAAUUUCGGAGAUCUUGGAGGGAAUAUCAAGGAGUACGUUGAGCAGUACCAGGCCAAGACACAAAGCAAUAUGAGCAUCGAAUCGAUUGCAGACAUGAAGCGAUUUGUGGAGGAUUAUCCAGAGUUCCGGAAAUUAUCUGGAAACGUCAGCAAACAUGUGACGCUGGUUAGCGAGCUCAGUCGCCGUGUCGGUGAGGAUAAUUUACUGGAUAUCAGUGAAUUGGAGCAGAGUUUGGCAUGUAACGACAACCAUGCCAGCGAUCUACGUUCAUUGCAAAGAAUAAUCCAACAACCUUCUGUAAAAGCCGAGAACAAAAUUCGACUGGUCGCGCUGUAUGCUAUACGCUACGAAAAGCAACCAAAUAACUCACUUCCGGUCUUACUGGAUUUACUCACAGCUGCUGGUAAUGUUCCGCAGCAUCAAGUGAACAUCAUUUCCAGGCUCCUUGCAUAUCAUCACUCCCUACAAGCUCCCCCAGUUGCUGGCGGGUUCUCCGAUCUCUUCGAGUCUGCGUCAUUUUUCUCAGGUGCGCGUGACCGGUUCAGGGGGUUGAAAGGUGUCGAGAACGUCUACACUCAACACUCGCCUCGACUAGAGGCCACACUACAGAACCUCAUCAAGGGCAAGCUAAGAGAACUACAAUAUCCCUUCUUAGAAGGCGGUGGUCAUACAAGAGACAAACCGCAAGACAUUAUUGUCUUUAUGAUAGGUGGAGCAACUUAUGAAGAAGCCAAGUUGAUUGCCCAGAUCAAUGCCAGCUCUCCAGGAAUCAGGGUGGUGCUGGGAGCGACCACGAUUCAUAAUAGCACAACAUUCUUUGAGGAGGUCAACGAUGCGGUCAGCAAUUGGCCGGAGCCUACUCCUGGAUCAGCGGCAGGACGACUGCGCAGGGAACUUGGACGUUGAUUAUUCUACUGUCUGGAUAGUAAGCAGGCGUUGGCGUUAUCGGUCAGUUCUCAUAUGGUAGCUUGACGUAGAUACAUUACCUAUACAAUUUUUAUGGCUGUAUAUCCGCACGAGUCUUUCUCAGUC